AUGUCCGGGAUGCUUCGCAAAAAGGAAGCCUUUACGGUGAUUACACCGAUCCCUGGCUUUAUUCCCCGCCAGCUUGCUCUCGACAUUCUCCAUUCCCACAGUGAAGUCAUCACCCUCAAUCCUCUUGUCCUCGACCAUAAGCCGAUCCCGGCACCAAGAAACGCCGCCUCCGACGAAUUCUACAGCACUUGGUAUGAGAUUACGCAGCGCAUCCAGUUUGUUCCUGGCAUGGGGAAUAUUGGGUCUGGCAAAAUUACCUUCAACGGGUGUUUUCACGAUAUGCCAUGGGGAUUGCAGACACACAUCUACGCCCCUUUCAACAUUGACAUGCGGUCCAAGUAUCAGAUUGGAGGUAAUCAGCCUGGUGUUGAGGCCCCGGAGCAGCGCGAGAUUGGACUAGGGGCUCCGGCCGAUGGACUGUAUCUUCGGGAGGAUAUUGAAAUCAAGUGCAAUAUCACCAUGGUCAGCUUCGUCAAGUCCCAGGCCAAGGCUGCCAAUAAGGAAAUGGUGCAGCGUAUUGUCAAAAAGGCAGAGUUGCUGGACGCUGGGGUUCUGAAAGCCAUGAUGGAAGACGGCAAGCUGAAGACUAUCAAUCCCAACGAUCGAUCAAAGCUUGACCGCACAAGCACCAUUGGCCACAGUCCCAGCCCUAGCAUUGGUAGUCCGCAAAUGGGCACUCAGCAACCUCAAACUUCGCCUUAUCAAUUACCAGCUUCCCCGACACAUCCGUAUCACCCCCAACAGGUGUACCAAGCGCAAGGUCAGGCCGCUCCAUAUGGCUACGCGAAGCCAGCACCGGCCGCGCCUGUCGAGCUACCGGGCGAUGCUCAACAAUAUCAAUAUUACCACAGCCAGCCCAAUCCUCAUGUCCACCAGCCACAGGAACUGACUCCCAACUACCGACAGUCGGUUUCUUCUUCAGAUCCACGUUGGUCGCAAGGCCAACUAAGCCCGUCACUGGCGGAUACACAUCGCACAAGUGUUAGUUCGGUUGCCAGUGGUGCAGGUAGCUUCGGCCAUCCGUCACCAGGUCUGCAGAGGACAGCAUUUGCUUCGGAAUUGGCUGCUCACACGGAAACAAAAGACGAGCACAAAUGA